AUGUUGCUUAUCUUUAUGAAUCCUUAAACACAAAACAUGAUGCAACUCAAGAACCAGUAGAAGUUAAUGCAGAAAACCAAUGCCAUGUGACCAAAGAUACCUCAAGUACAGGAAGAAGUAAUGAUGAGACCCAAAUUACCUCAUCACCGUCAGCUACUCAGUCUUGCUAUGAGGAACCACAGCCAUCUACUUCUACAUCUAACCUCUUUAAUGCUUCUUCUACCUCUCUUAUUGAGUCAAAAAAACAGAAUAAUCCUUCUACAUCUGGAUCACAAUCCUCAGCUUUCACUCCUGUGCCUGCUUUCCCCAUCUUAGGAUCUGUGUGUCUAGGAGCACUGCAUGAUGAACAUGAAAAGCUGGAUAUGAAUACUGAAACUUCUGCAAUCACUUCAGAAAUCACUGACAAAGAAAAAGAAGAAUCAGAUUCUCAAAGGACAGGGGAGGAGGAAGGUUUGGAACCUGCUAAGAAGAAACUAAAAGGAGAUGAAGAUGCUUGUCCAAAUCUUCCACCAGCAGCUCCAAGUGAAUGUAUAAUUAAAAUUGGCUCUGAAGAUGCAAAAACACCAAAUGUGAAACCGGAUAAGAUGGAAGAAACAUUAACUUGCAUUAUCUGCCAAGAACUGCUGCAUGACUGUGUAAGCUUGCAACCUUGUAUGCAUACUUUUUGUGCUGCGUGCUACUCAGGAUGGAUGGAAAGAUCUUCUCUAUGUCCAACUUGUCGUUGUCCGGUAGAACGUAUUUGUAAAAAUCACAUAUUGAACAACUUGGUUGAAGCUUAUCUGAUUCAGCAUCCAGAUAAGUGUCGUAAUGAAGAUGACGUGCGUAGCAUGGAUGCUAGAAACAAAAUUACUCAAGACAUGUUGCAACCUAAGGUGCGGAGAUCUUUUUCAGACGAGGAAGGAAGUUCUGAAGAUCUAUUGGAAUUGUCAGAUGUAGAUAGUGAAUCUUCAGAUAUCAGUCAACCAUAUAUAGUAUGCAGACAGUGCCCAGGCUAUCGAAGACACUCUGUUCCAACUCUGCCUGGCACAGGCCAAGAGACAGAGCCAGGAGGAAUGCAAGCACUGGGAGAUGCACCGUCUACAUCUGCCAACUUCCCUGCAGCUGUCCAGGAAUAUGUGUGUCCUGCUCAAGGAAGUCAUGUAAUAUGCACCUGCUGCUUUCAGCCAAUGCCUGACCGAAGAGCAGAGCGUGAACAGAAUCCUCAUGUUGCUCCUCAGCAAUGUACAGUUUGUCUGCAACCCUUCUGUCACUUAUACUGGGGCUGCACUCGGAUGGCGUGUUUUGGCUGUUUGGCACCAUUCUGUGAAAUAAAUCUUGGUGAUAAGUGUUUGGAUGGAGUCCUAAAUAACAACCACUACGAGUCAGAUAUCCUAAAGGAUUACCUGGCAUCCAGGGGUUUGACAUGGAAAAAUAUGUUAAAUGAAAGUCUCUUAGCUCUUCAAAGAGGAGUUUUUAUGUUGUCAGAUUACAGAAUUACUGGCAACACAGUGCUUUGCUACUGUUGUGGCCUUCGCAGCUUUCGAGAACUUGCCUACCAGUACAGGCAGAAUAUUCCUGUUGCUGAAUUGCCAGUGACUGUCACGUCACGUCCUGAUUGCUACUGGGGGCGCAACUGUCGAACUCAGGUCAAAGCACAUCAUGCCAUGAAAUUCAAUCACAUUUGUGAACAAACACGAUUCAAGAACUGAAUACUUAUCGUCUGUAGAGAGGGGACAAAAACCUGUUACACUGCUUGUACAGUUUAAGGUUUCAGGGGAUCUUCUCAGUUCCCCCUCAGCAGGGAAUUGAUAACUUUUGCAUCAGGUAAUCUGGUGUGAACUUUUUAAUUUGUAGAACUUUACAGCUGUACAUGAACAAGGUAGAUUUUUUUUUUUCCAAGAAAGUCCAGCAAGCAUUGCAUUCCAUCUUCAUGACUACAGUGUCCCUGUGUCACUU